UCUUCCACCUGCUCAGGACCCCGCGCAGCCAUGAGCUACCAGGGCCAGCAGCCCGGUGUCCCGCCGCAGAGAGAUCUAGACGACGGACAGACCCUCGUUGCCGAGCACAAGAGGAAAACUUGUCAGUCUGCUGCUAUUUGUAAUGUCGUCAACUCCGUUAUAGGAUCCAGUAUAAUAGGAUUGCCUUAUUCAAUGAAGCAGGCUGGAUUCCCUUUAGGAAUAUUGCUGUUAUUCUGGGUGUCAUAUAUUACAGACUUUUCCCUUGUUUUAUUGAUAAAAGGAGGGACCCUCUCUGGAACCGACACCUACCAGUCUUUGGUCAAUAAAACGUUUGGAUUUCCGGGGUAUCUUCUCCUCUCUUUUCUUCAGUUUGUGUUUCCUUUUAUAGCUAUGAUAAGUUACAACAUAAUAACUGGGGAUACUAUGAGCAAAGUUAUUCAAAGAAUCCCAGGAGUUGAUCCUGAAAACUUGUUUGUUGGUCGCCACGUCAUAAUUUUGCUUUCUACGGUUACCUUUACUCUACCUUUAUCCUUGUACCGAGAUAUAGCAAAACUUGGAAAGAUCUCCCUUAUUUCUACAGUUUUGACAGCUCUAAUUCUUGGAAUUGUGAUAACAAGGGUAUUGACAUUGGGUCCAUAUGUACCAAAAACAGAAGAUGCCUGGGUGUUUGCGAAGCCCAAUGCCAUUCAGGCUAUUGGGGUCAUGUCUUUUGCAUUUAUUUGCCACCAUAACUCCUUCUUAGUUUAUAGUUCUUUAGAAGAACCCACGGUAGCUAAGUGGUCCGGCAUCAUCCACACAUCCAUGGCGAUUUCUAUGUUUAUCUCUGUGCUCUUUGCUACAUGUGGAUACCUGACAUUUACUGGCUUCACCCAAGGUGACUUAUUUGAAAAUUACUGCAGAAGUGAUGACCUCAUAACCUUUGGGAGGUUUUGUUAUGGCAUCACGGUCAUACUGACGUAUCCAAUGGAAUGCUUUGUGACCCGAGAGGUCAUCGCCAAUUUGUUUUUUGGUGGGAAUCUUUCAUUGAUUUUCCACGUGGUUAUAACAGUGGUUAUCAUUACCGUAGCCAUGCUCGUGUCCUUGCUAAUUGAUUGCCUUGGAAUAGUUUUAGAACUCAAUGGUGUGCUCUGUGCAGUUCCCCUAAUUUUUAUCAUUCCAUCAGCGUGUUAUCUGAAACUGUCUGAAGAACCAAGGACACACUCAGACAAGAUUAUUUCUUGUUUCAUGCUCCCCAUUGGUGCUGCGGUGAUGGUUUUUGGAUUGGUCAUGGCUAUCAUAAAUCCUCAAGACUGCACCCACGGGCAGGAAAUGUUCUACUGCUUUCCUGGCAAUUUCUCCCUCACAAAUAUCUCAGAUUCUCAUUUUCAACAGACAACACAACUUUCAACUUUAAAUGUCAGUGUCGUUCAGUGAGUUGACUUCUUUAAAAAUAUGUUUUCAAAACAAAAAUAUGUUUUCAUGGACUUGUAUACCACAUAAUUUUUACACAUGUUUUAGUCUUUAUUUAUAUUAUAAAAUUAUCCUUGGGCAUUUA